GUCAAAAAUUGUUUUGACAGUUCUAAAAAAGGGUUCACUUUUCAAGUUUGUUUUUGUUGUGAUUCGCUGUAUAUUCCACUUAGAUUAUUAAAUUCAGAAUAAAUCUUUUUAUUUUAUUGAAAUGAGAAUUCGUGUGCAAGACAAAAAUGUACUUGGUUUCAAACUGAUUUAACAAAGUAAGUUACACGCUCAGCAUGCCAACAUUCCUAACACCAGGCCGGCAUGGCUACAGUGUCCGCUUCUCCCGCAGCCGGCCUGAUGCGCUGGCAGUGGCUACUAGUCAAUACUAUGGCCUUGCUGGAGGAGGGACCCUGUUCUUCUUGGAGUUAUCACCAGAUGGCGCUACUGUGGUGGAAAUGCAGAAGUUGGAAUGGACUGAUGGAUUGUUUGAUGUGACAUGGUCAGGCACGGCUGAUGGUGUUGCGGCGUGUGGUGCUGGCGAUGGUGCCGUCAUAGUGUGGAGAGGAGGUUGCGCCGCGCCGUUGAGGGUUUUGAGAGCACAUCACAGCGAAGUUUGCUCCGUGGACUGGCCGAGAGCGCAUCUGUUGAGUGCCAGUUGGGAUACUACUGUUAAAUUGUGGGACCCCGAAUCAGAAGUGUGCCUCAGUACAUUCGCGGGUCACUCUCAACUGGUCUACACGGCUACAUUCUCGCCUCAUUCGCCGGCCACCUUCGCCUCAGUGUCUGGUGAUGGUCAUCUGAAGCUAUGGACGUGUACGGAACCAGCCCGACCGGCUGCGGUUGUGAAGGCUCAUGAAGCUGAGGUAUUAUCGUGCGAUUGGAGCAGAAUAGAGACGCACGCGCUCGCAACGGCCGGUUCGGACGGACUCAUUCGAGGCUGGGAUCUUAGAAGACUUACAUCUCCUAUGUUUACUUUAAAAGGUUGCGAGUGCGCAGUGCGCAGGGUGCAGUUUUCGCCGCACGCGCCGUCCGUUAUAGCGGCGGUAUCUUAUGACUUCACCACUAGGAUAUGGGACUUAAAACGUGGCUGUGAUCCAUUAGAAACUAUACGUCACCAUUCCGAGUUCACAUAUGGCCUGGACUGGAAUGCAUUGAGGCCUCACCAGAUAGCGGACUGUGGGUGGGACUCACUCGUGCAUGUUUUCACACCAAGGUCGCUUGUGUGAAAUAUAGGUACUUUAAACAGGGUCUAAAGGUAAGUGUGCAAGUAUGAAAAACCGAAAAAGUGUGGGGUUUUCAUUAGUAUUAAAAGUUGUGCCAACGAAAUAUUGAAUGGACUAAAUAUAAAUAUAUGAGCACUUAUUGCACAUUACAGAAAGUGUUGCACGCAAUAAGGUUCAAGGCACAUUGCGGCAAUAAUGACGCGUUUAUUCUAAAAUGCUAAAGUAUUUAAACGCUUAAAUGUGAAGACCAGCGCUAUUAUUGAAAUAUCAAACUUACAGUAGAGAUUUCUUUCUUCUUAGCUUCUUAGCUUUUAUAGCUUUUCCUAGUGCCGAAUCAGUACAAAGCAAUUUGCCAGUCUCAAACAACUUGAAAGAGGCACAAAGGAGAUUGGCCGGUUUUGGUAAAAUGCGCGAAUUCUCUUAUAAUGUAGAUACUGUAAUAGAAGGUUUAUUAAAAUAUUAACUAUUAUUAGUAAAAUAGACUUUCUUUAUUGAUCUGCUCAUUUUUACGUAAGAGUAUAUUUUUGUAGAAUUUCAUUAAAAACAAAAACACAAAAAAAAAAGAAAUAUAUCGCAAGUGGUAAAAGUUUGAUAUUAUAAGAGUUACGGAAUGUCCUUUCCGAUGGUAUUCAAGUUUGAAACGCAUAGUAACGGAAUUCUUUGCUUUGCUUUCUUUGUUUUCUUAGCGCGUCGCGUCGCUUCUACUUUCCCGCAAUAUGUCUUGAACCUAAACAUACGGGCUUUAGUUAUGUGAGAAUUCUUAUGAAAUGCGUAUUAUAAUUGUAUUAAAUAACAGUGCAGUUUAAUAUUUCAUUCAAUUUUUUAAAUGUUUAGGUAUAUUUUUUUAUUUAAGUGAGCUUGUAAAUAAACUCUGAUAUAAACCAUAUUUUAAAACAAGUAAGGUUGAAUUUCCAAUAAUCAUAAGUUAUGUUUAUAUUAUAACCGUUGCAUUGUAUAGAAAGCUUAUAUUGUUGUUAUUGUAUUUGUUAACAAUGUAAAUAAUGUUAAUUGAAGGGCUUAUUAAAUUUUUAUUUAAAUAUAAUAUGAAUAGGUAGUACCGAUUUGCACGUACCAGUUCUAAAACAGACUAUUAACUAACUAACUGAUGUCUACGACUUCGUUGCCGUGGAUUUGUGUUUUAACCGACUUCAAAAAAGAGGAGAUUCUCAA